AUGCUUUUAAAUAUAAAAAAUAAAAUAAAUAAUCCAGGUAAACCCAGAGGUUACUUAAAAAACUUCAUUUCCUUAAAAAAUUAUUUCCUGUAAAAUUAUUUCCUUUAUUCCCUGAAAUCAUAUGAGUACAUUGAUUAUACUUUAUAAAUGUUGCACUCAUUUUAGUGGAUUAUUGGAAAUAGGUAUGUUCACGUGGUCUAUCAUGUAUUAGUCCAGGGAUGGAUUUACAAGGGGAUUGGGGGGGGGGGGAGGGUCGCAGUCAAACGUGCACGUUUGUGGUUCCAAACGUCAACGUUUGAAACGUAAACAAACAUUAAAAAUUGUUUGCAGUUGGCAGUUGCUUGCAAAUGGUAUUAUGUAAGUGAAUAACAAUUCAAAUACAGUAGUCGAGCAAGAUCAGUAAUGUUUUGUUUUGGAAUCCAGAAGACUAGAGGGUAUGAAAUUUCGGACAAUCUUGGCAAUCCAAUUUUUGCCGCUCUGUGCCAACCAUGGUCACGCUAAGUCGGCCCCUUACAAAUCCACGCCUGCGGUAUAGGAGUUUUGACCCAAGACGAAUAUUGACUCCCUUCACUGUUAAAUCAAUCAAACAGCAGUCAUUAAUACUCUUUAUAGAAAUUGCAACUGAGCAUAUGUAAAUUCCUUGGCCUCUGAGGUUGAUUGCAAGCUUGGCAUUUGUGUGUAAACAUAAAAAUUCCCUUUGCUACAAUCCAAUCCAUUUAUUUCAGUAUAACCCUCUAUUAUUCAGUUGCACAAAUAUUUGGAUCCAUCCUCUCCCUACCCUAAAAGGGGGGGGGUCAAGCUAUAUGUGCUGAGCCAGCUAAAAUAUGGCUAUUUUUGUCCGGGGCAUCCGUGGUGUUUAUCAAAGUUUUUGUUUUCGUAGGUAUCGAUCAUCUUGCAAAACAAGAAAUUGUUGUGGUGGAGAAAGAUGAAGCGGGGCCAAGUAGCAGUAGUAGAACAAGUGGAUUACCAACCAAGCCCAAAGGUCUUUUUCCCACAACGAAGAAGAUCAAAUCAUUUGCAGAAUACAAAAAAGGCAAAGGAAAGCAAUGGAAAAAAUCUGUGUCGCCAAAAAAUUCUGAUGAAGACAAACUUCAAGUCGCCAAGUCGAAGGAACGCGAUGUGUGCAUCAACAUUGGUCUGCUAGAAUGGAAUAUCAAGGAGAGUAUUCUCAAACCAAAAAGGGGUAAGAAAUUAGUGCUUCGUGUAUCCAACAAGGCUAACUACAAAACAGUUUGUAGUCAAGCCGUUGAGAAAUGGAAAGCAUUUUACUCUCACUUGUACUCCGAAAGCGAUGCCUAUGUUCUGCUGUAUGAAAAUGGGGAAGAGGCCCUCUUUCUGCCUGGAUCCACAAAAGAGUUCUUUAGCUUAGAAAGAUAUCAAGAAGAAUUGGGAAAAGAUUAUAACAGAAUUACGUUAUUUCUGUGCACAUCUUUUGACUACAAUAUUUCUCAGGGCAUUGACAGUGACAAUGAAGAUGCUUUGCUUAACUGUGAUAUUCCUGAUGACCAUGGUGCAAGCAUUGAACCUCAUAUACAUCCAACUCCAAAACGCUUAAAAGUUGAUGUAGCUGAAAACAACAAACAAGAAGAUUUUAAAAUCCAAAACGAUGAAAAAUUCGCCAUUGAGCUUCAGCAACAAUUUGAGGAAGAAGUGGAAAGUGAGAUCAACAUAAUUGACGAGGAAGAUAGCAUACCAGUGGUAGAAGAUAGCAUACGAGUGGUAGAAGAUAAAUCUGAAGAAACCAAAGAAGAAUUCAUUGAUCAAGCAUCA